AUGUCCGUGCGCCAGAUUCUCUUCUCUUCAGAGCAUGUGAGUGAGGGACACCCUGACAAGCUCUGUGAUCAGGUAUCAGACGCUGUGUUGGACGCGUGCCUAGAGCAUGAUCCACUCGCAAAGGUUGCGUGUGAGACGUGCUCCAAGACGGGAAUGAUCAUGAUCUUUGGUGAGAUCACCACGAAGACGGUGCUUGACUACCAGAAGGUGGUCCGGGAUGCCGUGAGGGAUAUUGGGUUUGACGAUGGGGAGAAGGGCCUGGACUACCGCUCGUGCAACCUGCUUAUCGCCAUCGAGCAACAGUCGCCCGAGAUUUUCCAGGGCCUCGGUGACUUUGACGGUGAGAACCUUGGUGCCGGCGAUCAGGGCAUGAUGUUUGGCUAUGCAACUGAUGAGACGAAGACUCUGAUGCCCCUGACGUACGAGCUGGCGCGCGGUCUCGCCGUGAAAUACAGUGAGCUUCGCCGUGAUGGCACACUUCCAUGGGCUCGCCCUGACGCGAAGACACAGGUAACGGUUGAGUAUGAGUAUGAUACGCGCGACGGCAAGCAGUUGCUGACGCCCCAGCGUGUGGCUGUGGUUUUGAUAUCUGCUCAACACGACGCCCACGUGUCCAACGAGACCAUCCGUGCCGACCUCAUGGAAAAGGUGAUCAGGGCAGUGAUUCCUGCCAACAUGCUUGACGCCGACACAAAAUACCACCUGAACCCCUCCGGGCGGUUUGUUAUUGGGGGCCCUCACGGUGAUGCUGGUCUCACCGGCCGCAAAAUUAUCGUCGACACGUACGGCGGUUGGGGUGCUCACGGUGGUGGUGCUUUCUCAGGAAAGGACCCCUCAAAGGUGGAUCGCUCCGCUGCGUACGCUGCUCGUUGGAUCGCAAAGUCACUUGUGGCUGCAGGCCUUGCGAAGCGAUGCCUUGUUCAGUUGGCAUACGCCAUUGGUGUUGCGGAGCCGCUGAGCAUCCACAUCGAGACUUAUGGUACUGGCAAGUAUGACGAUGCUCGUAUUCUUGAUAUAGUAAAAAAGAACUUUAAGCUGCGUCCCUACGAUAUUAUUAAGGAGCUUAACCUCCGUCGGCCCAUAUAUCAUAUGACCUCCCGUUUUGGUCACUUUGGCCGUGAAGACACGACCGGAAAGGGCGGUUUCACGUGGGAGCUUCCCAAGAAGCUUGAUGUGUCAUGCUAA